CCCAGUUAUGCCUGUCCAGUCAGAGCCAGUGACUGAGGUUUGAAGGGGAAAACACACUGACCUGUAUGGAGGAAAGCACACACGGAUCAUCUCAGAGAUGGGCUGUCCAGGAUGGAGACUCCUCUGGCUGGCCUGCUUGGUGUCCACUUUUCCGCAAUAUGGUGCAGUCCGGGUGACGGUGAGGGAAUCUGGUCUGGAGGUGGUGCGGGGAGAUUCUGUUACACUGCCCUGUUCGUUCUUCACCAUGAUGCCCUUGUUCAGACUCAGCAUCAUCUGGACUCUGACCCCAGUCUCGGACCCUGACUCCCCCACACAGGUGAUCGUGUACGAUCAAGGGCAGGUGAUUGAAAGCCCUUCAUUCAUGGGCAGGGUGGGCUUUGCUGGCAUACCCUGGAGCGCAGACAUCAUAUUGAAUUCCACGUGGGUGUCCGACGCUGGAGUCUAUCGCUGUGUGGUCAGCAACCCACCUGAGACAGGAGACCCUGGAAUAGGAGAGCUCAGCCUCACUGUUCUGGCACCCCCAUCACUCCCUGUUUGUCUAUGGGAAGGAGACACAGAUGCUGGGGGCAAUGUGAGACUGUCCUGUGGGGUGGUGGAGGGCCUUCCCACUCCACAGGUGAUCUGGGAGAAGCUAGAACCAGAUAAGACAACACUGCCAGUGAACAUGGAUGAUGACAUGACGGGUUCUGCGCACAUUACCAAUGUGUCUGCGCAAACCUCGGGCCUUUACCGCUGCUCAGUGACCAACCCACUGGGAACUCAGCACUGCUACAUUAACCUGUCUGUGUACACACCUCCAGAUAAUUCCCCAGGCAUCCUGCAGGGGGUGAUGUUGAGUCUCUCUAUGGCCCUGCUCUUGCUGGCUCUGAUGGUGCUGGUGCUGUGGCUCCACCGUUCGGCACAGGAGAGCAAAUGGAGGAUCAGCCAUGAGGACGAGUGCUAUAAUGAAAUCAAAUACACACCCUCUCUCAUUAAACGCUCCUUUGUCUGAGACGAGGACAGGAAGUCACAGCUCGAUCCUCUCUGCACCAAUAUCAAUGUAAAGCUUCUGUCAGACAAAAGCAAAAGAAAGAUCAUACUUCAGUGCUUAAUUGCUUUAGUCAAAAAGACUACUGUAAACGAGUUGCUUUGUUUUCAUGUGGUAAUCAACAGCAUGCCACUAAAAUAGAUCUUAAUUUGCAUUUAACCCACCAUAUUACUGCUGGUUUUAAACUGUGGAGUCUCAAGACAAUCAAGGUACUAUAAAUCAAUGUAAGUUUUGAGUUUGGUCCUCAGGUAGAGGUGUAUAUUCUCUGUAGAGGGACAUUCUUUUCAGACAAUGGUUUAUUGUAACUAUUGCAUUUUGGAUUUGGAAUUAAACCUCCAAUUUAACUACAAUAAAAAUGUAGAUACAUGCACCUUG